AUGCCAAGCAGAUCUAAAUUUAAAACAAGUUUUAAAUUUGCCAAGAUAUUGUUAGGGGCAUACCUAUUUCAAAAAUAUGGGUUUAGUAUAUGUAUUACAGAUGGUCCUUCAAUGAUCCCAACAAUUGGGCCAAAGAGAGAACUUUUGUUGUAUGAAAAGCUCACUAUUUCUUUCUCCAGAAUUUUUAGACUGAAUGGGAAAAUACCCAUUUACAGAAAUGAUAUAGUAAUUGCAAAUUCUGUGGAAGAUCCGGAAAUAUUAGUCUGUAAGAGAGUAAUUGGCAAAGAGGGUGAUGUAGUAACAGUCUUUCCAAACUAUACACUGGUAUCUAAACUUAAUGACUACAACAUUCAAGACUUAGUUCCGAAAAAAACUACUUGUUUUCAAAUGAAAAUACCCCCAAAUUAUUUUUGGAUUCAAGGGGAUAAUUUUAAAAACUCUAGAGAUUCCAGAAAUUACGGGCCUAUUCACGAAUCUAUGAUAAUAGGAAGAGUAGUAUUUAAGUUAUGGCCAAAUCCGAUUUUUUCAAGAUUAUCUACAAUAAUAAGAAAGAAAAUGGAGCAGCUUAAUGUUUUAGAAAACCAUUAG